AAACAAAAUGGAGGGGCAAUAAACAAUUCUGUGCUGAAGCCUAUCCUAAAGAAACAUAACAUUGUUUUUGAUUCCAUAAAUAUUAGUAAAAAAAAAGGAUUCUUUCUUGUCGGCCUUGUGUUUGAUCAUCAUUCUCUUUUGCCAGAAAAACGUUAUUGGAUUUUCGACAUUUCAAUUCCAGAACUCAAUCUGAUAUAAUAAGGGUAACGUCUGGGAUUAUAGGUACAGCAAUCCUAACUUUAAUGGGACCUUGUGUGAGCAAGCCUUCAACAAAAGAUGAUGAUGUAGACGAUCACUUUUCCAAAUCAAAACUUGGGGCUAGUAACAUUACGCUAGUCACUGAUAUGGACAAGUGGGAAGAAAUGCUAUCAGAAGCUGAUGAGGCCGGCAAGAUAGUUUUGGUAAAUUUUAGUGCAGACUGGUGUAAUCCCUGUAGAGAUGUAUUACCCGUGUUUCGUAGUCUUGCAGAAACAUACACUUCUAUAAUGUUCUUAAUAGUGGACGUGGAUGAACUAGCUGAAUUUAGCACGUCAUGGGAAAUCAAGGCGACUCCAACCUUUUUCUUUCUUAAAGAUGGGCAAGAAUUGGAUAAACUUGUGGGAGCCAACAAGGAAGAGCUUAAGAGGAGGACCGAUGUCAUGGCCAAAUCUCUAACCAAUUCGCGUAGUCUUGUAUCAAAUCGAGACCAAAACUCUAGCCAGAGUAGGACGGAUGAUAAUGCAAAAAUGCAGAACGUCGGAACAAAUUAGGCUUUUGACACUCCCUUUUAAUCAGGACUCGAGAGUGCUAGUUGUCUUCGACGGAAGGGAGAUGAAAAGUAGAAAAGUAAUGUAAAAGACGCUUGUGUGUUCAGAGCAUUGUACACUCAAGUCCGGCUGAUCACUAUCAGUAGCCGAGAUUAAAAUCGUGUAUAGAUUGUGCACAUGUUUAUGUAGAGGUACUUGAGCUUCUUCAUAACCCGUUUAUACAUUAAUCAACAGCCUUAUCAUUUCUUAAUUGAUACGUUAUAUUUUGCUGC